UAAAGCCCAACAGAGGGCAGGAAACUGUACAAUCACAUGCAGCACAACAUUUAAGUAGAAGAGAAGAAGAGAUUGAUGGAGAGACUAUGGAAGGGGUGAGGUGUCUUGUUGAGUGCUGGGCAGAUUUUGGUGACUUGCUUUCUGCAGAAGUGAUCUAUCAUGGAGCAGAUGUGAUCUUAAGCACUGGGACUGAACAUGUGCUCGUUUUUAGUAGCCAAGAGAGAAGAGUUAAGACUGUCCUACAGUUUGAUUCUCCAGUCACAUCCCUGGCCUUAAGUGCUGAUCAGUGCAGUCUCUAUGCUCUCUGUGAGAAUCAUCUCCUUUACUCUUCCACUCUUUAUCCCGAAUCCAGCUCCUUCUCAGCACAGCAGUGUGAUGACCCUGCCUUGUCCGUGGUGUCCAGGGAUUCCGUUCUCGUGAAAAAUGGCAAUGUGCUCUCUUUCACUAUAGCAGAGGACCUACUCGUUACUGUCAGUCUACAGGAGUCUUUCUGGACUUUUCACCUCUAUGAAUUGCCGCAUUGUUCAACCAGAUCCCCGGUGUUUCAGAAACGUGCAGGACUUCAGGUCCCAGCUGUUACAGGAGUUCCUCAGAAUGAUGUGGAUUUGCAGGCUAGGAUGAGUUCAGCUCCAACAUUGGCAUGCAUCUACCCCAACUCCUCACCUAAAGGACACGCUUGUAAACGUCACCCCUGUCUCGAUCCUCUCCUUUUCAGGCUCUUAUUUGGAGUUGAUGCAUCGCUUAUAAAUUCUCCCAUCAUUCUUUGUGGUUUACCUGAUGGACGUCUUGUUUUUUUCCCGCUACUCCUACCUGCACUAACCGGCUCAAAGGGAGAACAAAAGCCACGAGUCCAGAUUUUCUACAGCUUAGAGCAGCCAGUAGCAUUUAUUGGGACAUCUGUUAUUGGGGAUCAGGGUCCACAAUGCCUGGUUGUGAUUGGUCAGAGGGGUAGAAGCCUGCUGAUCAGGGCCAGUGAAAGAAGCUCUGUUGGAAAGGCAGCAGACUGCCGAUUCAUUGAACACGUUGUGCAGGGGCCUGUGGUAUGUGCUCGUGUAGAUGGUGACCAUUUAUACUACAGCACUGCCACAAACCUGUUCUGCUUGUCCCUGAGCAAGACCUUGACACCUUCAUCAUCCAUCACAGCAGUGUCCGAGGGAGACCGCACAAGGCCAGAGAGUGUGGUUUGUCUAAACGUGUGUCGAGUAAUCGCACUAACUGAGCCUUUCAUCAGUCCUGCAGGCAGUGUUCAGCUCCUGGCUGUGUCUCUCAGUGGAAGACUUCUUCAGGUGACCCUCCCUCAGGACUCGGACAAAACCAGUGUGUCUAGACUGGCUUCAACACAAGCUGGGCAGAAAAUCAAAGACCUCUUGGCUGGUAUUGGAAAUGUUUGGGAGAGAGCAACAGUAGAGAAACAACAGCUGGAAUUGAAGAAUAACACACUCAAGCGUCUGAACCACGUUCUCAACGUCUGCCAAUUGCUUUUAACCCGUCAGAAAAAUGACCAAGAGGCGUGUGAUCGCCAGCCGCCAAUCAGCUGUCAGGGGGCAGCCAAAUGGAGUACGCUACUUCAAAAAGACGCUUUGGUUGUCACUUGCAUAUUGGAAAACCAAAGUUCUUGUGCCUUAGACCAAGGAUGGACUCUCUGCCUUCAAGUGCAGUCAAGUCUUUCUGUCAGUGCAGGGGGCUUGUCUCAAACUUACUCAUUUGCUUCGAUGAAAUUAGACUGUGGUCAGAAAACCGAAGUGACAUUACCUCUCGAAAUCGACGGUGACUUAAUUCUCCCAAUCCAGAUCCACUGCUCACUUGUGUACCCUUUACAGUCUUUACUUAACCCAGAGGAAUACAGACAGCUUUCAACUAGUGACGCCUCACUAUCACAAUUUCUCACACACACCGGUUGCAUCUGUCUGGCUCUGAACACGAUAACGCUGGACUGGCUAGAUGCCUUAAGGAUAGGAGAGCCAGCCCCAAAUGGUGACCAUAUUUCCAAACAAGUAUUCUCAAACAGCACUUGGGAAGCCACUCGCAUGCUCCUGAGCUCCAGACAGAUUCACACAGAUGAGCCGGCAGUGCCGAGGGCUGCUCCACGUACAGUAGCAAUCCACAUCUCCUCAGAGCUCCUGAGGAACCGGCUCAGCUUACGUGAGUGUAGCAGUGCACUUCUGUGUGUCUCCGUGCUCAAAUGGCUGCUGUGUGGAACUACAGAGGGAAAAGACCUAGUGCAGAGUCCAGUAGUGUGUGCCAAAGGGCCGAACAGACAGGACGUCAGACUGCUAACCAAAGAGGUUAUAUUGAGUGACUUUCUCUCUGAAGGACCUCUGUCUGUUGUGGAGGUUCAGGUAGAGAGCGUUUCCAUGUCUGCAGUGUGUGGAUUACAUCAUGCUGUCCUGCGACGUGUUCAGGCCCUUCUGAAGGAUACUGCUGUGAAAACUGAGAAGCUUGCAGAGCUCAGAGGACAGCGCUUAUGUGAGGCUGUUCGGCAGAUGGAGCGUCUUUAUAAGGACCUGCAGGACUUUCGUGACCCAGCUGAUGGAGUUACGAAGACAAGGAGGAUGUCAGAGUCACUGUUACACCUUUACCUGCAACUCCGAGAGAAGCCACUGGUCAUUCUGUGAACGCGCGCACACUAGUUUAAACUAAUCAGUUUGGUUACACUAGGGAACAAUGUAAAAUAAGCAAAUGUAUGCAUAAGUUUCAUAUUUUUUUUGGGGGGGGGAUGAAAAUGUAUUUAAUUUUUCAUGUGUAUUUAUAGUCCGUGGCUUUAUUUUCAUCCUAUAUUUAUCUUGAAUGCUUUUUAUUUUCAUUCUAACACAUUUAUUCAUCUUUGGGUUUCAAUGCAUAAUAGUCCAUAAAGUUAGUUUACUUCCAUUAUUUAAGCUGUGCAUAAAAAUACAUUGUCAAUAAAAAUCUAUCUGUCUUUAAAAAAAAAAAAUCUGGAAUCAUUUCCCUUCAGAAAACCAUUAGUGGGGCGGCACGGUGGUGUAGUGGUUAGCGCUGUCGCCUCACAGCAAGAAGGUCCAGGUUCG